AGUCGGCAUUUCAAACGUCGGGAAUUUGAUUCCUAUAUACUUCAUGACUGAUCAGUAAUCAAUUGAUAAAAAUUGAAUCAUUACGCUGCAACUUCAGUUUUAUUUAGUAACCUAAAAAAGUGCUAUUAAGGUAAUCCAAUUAGAUUCAUUUCUAAAUGACGAAUAAACACAAAAUAUGCCUUGUGUCAGAUUUCUUUUAUCCAAAUAUUGGAGGAGUGGAAGAGCACAUCUUCAAUUUGGGCCAGUGCUUGAUACAGAAUGGUCACAAAGUCAUAGUCAUGACUCAUAGUUAUGGAGACAGAGUUGGAAUUAGAUAUAUGACAAAUGGUUUGAAAGUUUAUUAUCUCCCAAUUAGAGUAUUCUACAACCAAUGCAUACUGCCAACAAUGAUCUGCAAUUUACCAUUGAUCAGAUAUAUACUAAUCAGGGAGCAGAUCAACAUAAUCCAUGGACAUUCCGCUUUCAGUGCUUUGGCCCAUGAAGCUAUGCUCAUAGGAAAACUAUUGAACCUCAAAACCGUUUUCACGGAUCACAGUUUAUUCGGAUUCGCUGAUACGAGUGCGGUGAUAACGAACAAAUUCCUACAGAUCUCGCUUUGCAGCUGCAACCAUUGCAUAUGCGUAUCUCACACGGGUAAAGAGAAUACAGUAUUGAGGGCGAGAGUUUGUUCCAGCAGGGUUUCAGUCAUUCCGAAUGCCGUUGAUACAGUGGCAUUUACACCGGACGUCAGUAAAAGAGCAACAAGUAAAAUUACCAUAGUUGUUGUUUCGCGAUUGGUUUACAGGAAAGGGGUGGAUCUGUUGGCGCAGAUCAUCGCCGAAUUGUGUCCUAAAUAUCCAGAAGUCGAGUUUAUCAUUGGAGGAGAUGGACCGAAGAGAUGGCUUUUGGAGGAAAUCCGCGAAAAGAAAUGCCUACAACAUCGUGUUACGCUAUUAGGCGAAUUGGAACAUUCGAAGGUGAAAAACGUUUUGAAUCGGGGCCACAUCUUUUUGAAUACCUCAUUGACCGAAGCCUAUUGCAUGGCCAUUGUCGAAGCAGUCAGUUGCGGAUUACAGGUGGUUUCCACAAGAGUUGGGGGCAUCCCGGAAGUGCUACCGGACGACUUGAUCUACUUGACGGAGCCCGCGGUGCCGGCUCUUCUGGAAGGUCUCGAGCUUGCAAUGAAGAACUUGAAAGACGGAAAUGUGGUUUGUCCGUACAGUUGCAACAAUCGCAUCAAGAGGUAUUACAGUUGGAAGGCCGUGACGAAACGGACUGAGGUUGUUUAUGAUAGAAUUUCUGGCGAAGAAAAUAAGGAGUUGGGCGAGCUACUAUUGAUAUACCUUACGACCGGUGUUUGGCCAUUCUUGUUGGUGGUUUCCCUGUGCUAUGUUAUGCUAUUUCUAUUAGAUUUGAUAGUCCCGAGAAGGCUAAUCGAUUUAGCCAAAGAUUAUACAUCUUAUGAUGAUCCAAAGAAAAAUAAAUAAAUAUAUACGAAUCCGUACUAGAAGUGUUAUGCAACCCAAUAUACCAUGAAUGUAGUUGGUAAUAGUGUCG